UCGUUGUCUCAUCUAUUUGGAGCUCCGGUUUCUAAUGGACGAUCGGUUGGGAAGCGAGAAGCCAUUACCUGGCUGGCUUUAUUCGCCUACUCUCACCUCCAUGUAUUAGGCGAUCAACCAAUCCGUUCGGUCGCGCUUUAUCUAGCCGGUGGAGUGGUUACGGUCACUUACCUUUCUUUCUAUUCUUGAUACAAGCAAAAUGGUUCGGGUUUAGCUUUGAAAGUGGGAAGAAGAAGAAGAGAAGAAGAAGAAGAAGAAGAAGAAGAAGAAGGAGAAGAGAAGGAUAUGGUUGGAAUCUUCUCUCGCUUCUCUUCGAGGAGCGGACACAGGAGGACUCAGAGCGCAGCGAAUGUGAGAGAAAGGGCACAGAGCUUGGAGGUAAACAUUCCAAUUCCUGUUUCUACAACCCAUGGAUUUGAGGUUGCUGUAGAGUUUAAACCAGUUGAACACCCAAUAGAGCCUCUCAACCAUGAUCAGCCUGUGCGAUGUCCUAUGCCCGAGCCAUCCAUACUAAAUGAUGGAAGAAUAUGGAAAGAAAGAAUGACUUCUGUGAGUGCAAGGAUGAGGAUUGAAUUGCCGGUAGUUAAAGAAGGAUCACAGCUUUCACCUGAAGCAGCUGUAGCUAAGACUCCUCGGUCUACACCAAGACGUGCUAUAUUGCCCUCUGUUAGUGCCCCUGAGGGUAACCUAAUAAAUCUCCUUGAAGAAUACAACGAAGCAAAAGACCAGAAUGCUGAAGGAGGGUCAAAAACUUGAAGCAGAAUUAAUUUACUCAAUACAAUGUGGUUUCAUUUUCUGGGUUUGUUCCUUGUAUUUAUAUCCUUCCAUUGGCUGUGUAAAUGAUUAAACAUAGCAGACCUUCAUCCUAGGUUUUAUAUAUUAUACUGAAUUUUCAUUUACUUCAAAAGAUAUUUAAGUUCCUCAUCA